AUGGCAUUGAGAAUUUUGAAGGAAAUCCAACUAGCACUUCUUAACCAAAUGUUGAAAAAGGAUUUGGUGAAUGAUCAAUUUGAACACCUCAUGAUAUCUGGGAGGGCACAAAAUCCUCAAUUUGUAGUAAAAACUAUAGAGGAUUAUUGUGCUGAAAUCGAAACUAUUAUAUCGCAAAUGAAAAAUGACAUUGAGAUUCUUGAUGUUGAUUUUUCUCAUUUGGUUGUGUUAUGCGACCAAGUCAUAGAGAAAAGUACAAGGAUUGGUGCUGUGCAUGUGAAAUCUGCAUGUCUGCUUCUCGUUCGCACUUGCGAGCAAAGAAACAAAAAGAAGUAA